AUGUCUUUGGACGGGCGUUUCCUUCGACCAUUUCGUGAAGGCGUAACCAACGAACACUUGUACUGGGAAGAAAGCUCGUCGUCCGAAGAUGACAAUGACAGCGAAUCGGCGGCAUCGACGUCCGACGAGUCCACGGGCAGCGACUCUACGGGCGGGUCGUCGGGCGGCGAGACGUCCCUCAACGAAGAGCACUCUUACGAUUUUUUCGAGGAGCCGUCGCGAGACCUCUUCUGUCCGGUGAAGCUGGACGUGAUGUUGAGGCCGUGCCAGACGCGCUGCUGCGGGAACCACGUCUCGCUGUCGGCGGCACGCCGGCUGAAACGGAUGAGAAAACGCUGCCCCCUCUGCAAGAGAACUCCGCUGAGGUUCGUGGAAGACAAGUAUUUUCAGCGAGUCGUGCUGGGCAAGAAGGUGUACUGCAGCAAAAGGGCGCUGGGUUGUACUUGGGUGGGCGAGAUUCGAGUGCUGAAAGAUCACCUUAGCACGGAGACCGGCCCUGGAAAUAGAUGCGGGUUCGUUCAGUUGACGUGUUCGCACAAUUGCGGCUGCAGGUUUCCCAGACGAGAGAUGGGAAGCCACGAAAGCAACGACUGUCCGAAGCGCCCGUUCUCGUGUCCUCACUGCGGCUAUACCAGCACGUACGAGACCGUCACGCGAGAGCACUGGCCGAUGUGUGGUAAGUUCCCUCUCGUGUGCCCGAACGAGUGCACCGACGGCAGCAUAGAGCGGAGAUCGCUGAAGCGUCACCUCAGCCAAGAAUGCCCUGAGCAAGAAGUCGACUGCGAGUUCAGCUACACUGGGUGCACGGCCCGAGUCAAACGCCGCAGGUUGACAGAACACAUCAAGGAAAACAUCCAGGACCAUCUUCGAUCACUGGCAAAGUACACGAUGCAGCUCCACACUCAUGCAUCCGGCACCCUUUCACAAUCUUGGGAGAUCACCUUUCGAAACUUCAGGUGGCAUCGAAGAUCGAAUCGCGAGUGGUACAGUCCGCCAUUCUACACUGGUGUCGGUGGCUACAAGAUGUGUCUGGGUAUUGACGCCAACGGGUUCAAACCCAACCCCAGCGCUCAUCUUGGAGUGGCCCUCUACAUGAUGAGAGGUGAAUUUGACGACGCUCUCCAGUGGCCAUUCAGCGGCACAAUCAAACUCGAGUUGGUGGACCAGAGCCCAGCUGGGAAAAACUACUCUUUCACUAUCGUGGAUGAAACGUCGCACACUGACGAAGACUAUGAGGAUAUCUUCUCGAGGGUAACGGAAGGAGAGAGGUCGGAAGAGGGUUGGGGCUUUACGGAGUUGAUCUCUCACAAGCAUCUGCUCAAGGGUAGAAGAGGGAGGCAGUAUAUGAACAAUGACUCCCUGGCCUUUAGAGUUAGUAAAAUAAGAGUUAGCAGCAGUUAG